GAGGAGGAGGAGGGAGCUCGCGCGCUCGAGACGUCGCGUUCCCGGGGAGCUCGUGCUGCGGCUCCUACUCCAAAACCUUGCUAAGCUAAGGCAGGGAAGUUGUAGCGGGAGAGGCUGCGGGUUGCAAUAGGCAGGAGUGAAGUGCCCGUGCCGUGCAAUGGGUGAUUGUUUCUCCGCUGUGGAAAGCGGGCAUCGCGUCUGGCGGAGGCUUGCAUUUCUCCUGCUGUGCCGAGAAAAUCCCACUCACCCGGAUUCCUCGUAGAAAGGAGGCAGGCAGAAAAGCAACAGGGAGGGGGAGCUGGAGCGAUUGCUGCAUCUAGUGCACAGGGAGGAGGGGGAGGAGGGGAAAAACUAGAGCAUGAAAUUCCGAGAAGGGCUUGCUGAGAAGGAUCCCCCGUGCAGCUGCAGAGAGGAAAACAGGAGGAGGAGGAGAUGCAACUGGUGUAACUGAGUCACCCUCCUUUCGCCGUAAAGAUAGUGAGAAAUUCCCCUCGGAGCCACUUUACAGAGCAAAUGACGGAACCUGCUUUUCCAGCUCGCUGAGUGGAUGGAUCCUUGUUAUUUUUUAAAUGCAUGCAUUUUUAUAGGCAGUGAAGCAAGAGUCUUCAAGUGGGUGGGAUGAGAGCUUUAGAAGCCUUUUUUUAAAAAGGUGCAUGAAGCGAGCAGAAUCGAGGCGCUUGUGAACCCCGCAAAGCCCAGCUCUUCGCUACCAGGGAGAGGAAGGGAAAGAUUUGACAAGAAGAGCAAGAUCUGGAACUGAUCCAAGGAGCAGCCAGGCAGCUAGUGGCCGUGACGUUGCAGAGUUUAAAGGGGGUAGAUGAGACCGAUCGGACGCUGACCGGGCGAAAAAGGGCUCCUCCGGGCGCCGCUUAGGAUCGGGAGCGCUUGCUUGCUUGCAGGAGACUGCCACCAAUAUGUUGUUGGCUUCGGCCGUGGUGGUUUGGGAAUGGCUGAACGAGCACGGGCGCUGGAGACCCUACAGCCCCGCUGUGAGCCACCACAUCGAGGCGGUGAUCCGAUCCGGGCCGAGAGUCGGGGGAAGCGUCGUCCUAGGCCAGGUGGACAACCGCUUGUCGCCUUAUAUCAUCGACCUGCAGUCCAUGCACCAGUUCCGCCAGGACACGGGCACCAUUCGCCCCGUGCGGCGCAGCUAUUACGACCCCUCCUCAGCCCCAGGAAAGGGCGUGGUGUGGGAGUGGGAGAAUGACAAUGGCACCUGGACUCCCUACGACAUGGAGGUGGGCAUCACCAUCCAGCAUGCUUACGAGAAGCAGCACCCCUGGAUUGACCUCACUGCCAUCGGCUUCUGCUACAUCAUUGACUUCAGCACGAUGGGGCAGAUCAACCGCCAGACGCAGCGCAAGCGCCGCGUCCGCCGCCGCCUCGACAUGGUCUACCCGUUGGUCACUGGCACCUUGCCCAAAUCCCAGUCGUGGCCUGCGAGCCCCGGGGUGGCCAGCACACCUCCUGCUCCGGCCUGCACUUGCCCCCAGUGCCUCCUCGUCAUGAGCAUCAAGGCGGCGGUGGCAGCCGGGAGCAACGGAGGGACUGGCGUUUCGGUCAGCCAGCAGCAGCUCUUGCAGCAGCAGCAGCCGCCCGCACAACCACCACCACCUCCCCGUAAAGCCGUCUCUCUUUCUGGCAGCGCCAAGCUCCCCAUGCCGGCAUCUAUCCACAAGCCCCAAGACGGAGCAGCUACCAUGCGCAGUUCCUUGAAAACCCUGGCCUCUCAGGUGAGCCGGAGGCAGGCAGCCAGCACUCCGGCCCUCACCUCAGCCAGCUCCCCUGCAAGCCCUACCAGUGCCAACGGCAAGGUGACCCGUGCCAGCCUUAAUACACUGAACCGUACCAACCUGCAGCGCCUAGCCAUUGCACAGUCCCGUGUGCUGAUUGCCUCGGGGGUCCCUACAGUUCCUGUGAAAAACCUCAAUGGCUCAAGCCCAGUCAACCCAGCACUGGCAGGCAUCACAGGGAUCCUCAUGAGUGCUGCUGGUCUGCCUGUCUGCCUCACUCGACCCCCAAAGCUGGUUUUGCAUCCCCCUCCAGUCAGCAAGAGUGAAAUCAAAUCCAUCCCUGGGAUAUCCAAUACUUGCCGCAAGACCACCAAAAAGCAGACCAAGAAAGGCAAAACCCCAGAGGAGGUGCUGAAGAAAUACUUGCAGAAGGUGCGCCAUCCCCCGGAAGAGGACUGUACCAUCUGCAUGGAGCGCCUCUCAGCCCCUUCAGGGUACAAGGGCCCUCAGCCAGCCAUCAAGCCAGACUUGGUGGGAAAGCUCUCCAAGUGCGGCCACAUGUAUCACCUCCACUGCCUUGUGGCCAUGUACAACAACGGGAACAAGGAUGGGAGUUUGCAGUGUCCAACCUGCAAGACCAUCUAUGGAGUGAAGACUGGCACCCAGCCUCCUGGGAAGAUGGAAUAUCACCUUAUUCCCCAUUCCUUGCCUGGGCACCUGGACUGUAAAACCAUCCGAAUUAUCUACAACAUUCCACCAGGGGUCCAGGGACCAGAGCAUCCCAAUCCUGGGAAGAGCUUCACUGCACGGGGCUUCCCUCGACACUGUUACCUCCCCGAGAGUGAAAGAGGUAGAAAGGUGCUGAAACUGCUUCUGGUAGCCUGGGACCGGCGCCUGAUCUUUGCCAUUGGCACCUCAAGCACCACGGGCGAGUCGGACACGGUGAUCUGGAACGAGAUUCACCACAAGACAGAGUUUGGCUCCAAUCUCACGGGCCACGGCUACCCUGAUCCCAACUACCUGGACAAUGUGCUGGCUGAACUGGCCGCUCAGGGCAUCACGGAGGAGAGUACGCUCCAGGAGAAGGAUUGAGGGCACGGGAGGAGGGGGUGGGGUGGGACAGGCUUUGCCCUGCCUGGGGCGGAGCUACGAAAAAGAGCCGCCGUUCCGUGGAUCAAGCUCCCUCUCCCUCGUCCACUGUGCCUGCUCUGCCCUCUCCGCCUCCUGCUGCCACAGCCACCACCUGCCUCUUAAAAGGCCUGGUUCUGCCUGCCCAGCAGUCCGCUUAGGGGCUCGCUCAGGUUGGAAGCCGCCAGUCCUACAGCAUUUGGCUGCUGGGAGCAAACGAGCCUGGGAAAGUUCCCCCCACCCAGCUUGUCUUGGGCCUGGGCUGCAGUGUCUUGAUGAGGCCUGGGGUUAUAUUAACCUCAGUACCCAAAGCUGCUUUUUAUAG